GUUGCGCGCCUAGCAACUUCUAUUCUUGAUCUCGUCCUUCCACGUAGGCGGUUUUGUUAUGAACUAUCAAAGGUUUAAAACUGCCACGCUUCUAUAACCAAAUCAGCGUUGAAGAACUAAUUGCAAAACGGCAGUUUAGAGCCUAUGCACUUGUGGCUUAUGUAAACUUGCCCUUAAUUGCCAUGAUGAUGAUUUCUGAAGUGCCACAAGCAAGAUAUUUAUUGUUAUUUUGCUUCAUUUACCCGCUUUUUUACGGGAAAGCCGAUGCAGAAAAUGUUCCGGGGAAUCAAGGCGGGUUAUCAGAUGAAGAUACUUCGCAGUUCCAUGACAAAAUGGCUAACGAACGAAGGUGAGUACAAAGCUAAAAUAGAGCUAAAAAAAUAGUAUUUUCUUCCCGUUCUGAUUGACGAGAUAAUGUAAGCUGCUAUGACUUGGCCAUGCCACUGAACUCUGGGUUAAAUGUCGGCUUUUAUCACAACAUUGCUUUCGUUUUAGGAUCCCUUGGCUAAAUAAGCUGAAAGUGUAACCAGAUGUAUCAUUUCACUGUCCGAGCGUCCUUAAAUCUAGGCUGCGCGUGAAUUUAAGCUUACAUAAAUGUAGCGCCUCAAAGAGUUUGACUUCGCUUGUUAAUUCUUGUUUUUAAAGUUUGCAGUUGUAUGCAAUUUACGAAUUCAGGAUGUAAUCUGCUUGUACCCCUCAUGCAGAUAACAUCAUGAAUUCAUCCGUCCCUUGAGAAGUACCCCACUGUAAUGAAAGCACAACAUUUAUUUGUGGUUUUCAGAAGUGAAUGUACCCAUUUUCAUUUGUAAAAAAUAAUUUGCUAUAAAACCAUACCCAUGUCUGCAAGACCUUUUAAUAGCUUACUAUAGGUAUAACUGCAGGUUUGAUAAUUUCAAUUUGCUUGCUUGCUUUCAAGCAAACUGUAGAAAGUCUCAUUUUCCUAAAAUUAAUGCCUUUUCGUAGGCAAAAUAUCCGUUGCCAGGGCUCAAACUCAUUCAUGGAGAAAUUCCCUUUGAAAAUGGUGUAUGGAUACCCCACCUGUUGCUGGAGGCAAAAUAAGCAGGGAUAUUUUUCUGCACAGUGAAAAUGAGCCUCUGAAAUUUUGCCACUUCCUGACCCAAAGAAAUUGGCUGCCUACUAUAAACUGUAGGUUAAGUAAUAUUAUUAAAUAAAAAUCACACACAAGUUUAGGCCUUUAAUGCUGCCUGCUACACUGUAUUGGCCAUUGCAGAAAACACCAUAUAUUUUUCAAACUGCUGUUUGAAUAGCACUUCAUGUAGACCUCACUUUUUGCAUUAUUUAUCUCUUUUAUUUUUGCACAAACUUAACAUACUAUAGCUGAUUUCCAAAAAUGCCAUAGCACAAAUAGAUCUACAAGGUACAUGUUUAAAGCACAGGCUACAACUUCGCCGGAGCAUAGUUAUUCUGGCUUUUCCCUGUAGAACAGCAGAAUGGAAAUCAGAGUAAACUUAGCUGUAGGGGGCUUGCACCACAGUGUUAAACAUCAAAAUCCUGAACACAAAAGUCGUGGGUAUUAAUAAAAAUACACUUGAGUAAAAGUUAGCAUGUGUGUGCAUACAGUCAAGCUGAUGUACAGCACAUGCAAAUCAUGCCAAGAGAUAAUGCAAUAGUCAGGUUUACAUGGAGCACUAGCCAAAGGAAAGUUUCAAAACUAUUAUCAAUAGUAUUUUCUACAAUGGCCUUUCUGGUUAUCUUGCCAUUUACUGCAAAACAUUUUGACUUGGUUGAUAUUUUGCUGGUCUUAACUGUAUAUGUGUUACAGGUCAAAAUUAAAUUCAGGUUAAAAUUUUUUAACCUACCUAGAUUGAUUCUCAAUUUUCUUUGUCUUCUAGCCCUAAUGUACGAAUAAUUAGGACUAGAAGACAAAGAAAAUUGAGAAUCAACCUAGGUUAAAAAAUUUUAACCUGAAUAUUUAAUUUUGACCUGUAACAUAUGCACUAUAUACAUACUCUGUACAUAUGCUACAUGAUUGUACAUACAUGUAUGGCUACUUUGAGAAUGUUGGUUAUUUUAGUCAAGCAGUGUGCAGACCUCUGGCCAAGUGUGGUCGAUGUUAUCUAAGCCUUCCAUUGUUAUUUCAGACAUCUUCUUGCUCACUUGGGAGAUAGAAUGGACUUAGAUGGAGAAGGGCUGAGGUAAGGUUUUGUUUUGUUUUCAAUUUAUUUACUGAUCCCUCAUGCCUUUACUGUGCUUUUCAAAAACAACCAAACUCUGAAGUUCAAAAGCUGCGUUCACAGUUGUGUUUUUCGCUGCCUUCAAUCAUAAUAUUAGGAUCACAAGUAGCGAACGUUAUAACACAGAAACACACAAAACGGGUAGAAAUCCACCAGUCACAAAUCACAAACCUUUACCCUUUGAACUUGUUGAAGUAAACUUCUGUUUCCCAAAAGGUCUGCUAAGAUGGUUAACGGCAGCAAAGAAUGCAAAAGUCAGUUGGCUUUGAACUUCAGAAUUCGCAUGUUUUUGAAAAGCACAGUAACUCAUGAAUAAUAGAACAUAAUUCUAAGAUCGGGUGCAUUCUAAGUUCGGCAGCCUUUAUGAUAUGGAUUAUUGUGAUUAGACUCGAAAAUAAUAAUCGUGUUAAUUAUGUACUGUUAAAAAAAUAAUAUUUAUUGUGUACAGCAGAAAACUUUUAUAGCCUGCUGGUGUUGUAUUAUUAUGCAACACCAGCAAGCAUAUAUUACGCUUUCUACUCUCAUGCAAUCUACAAUGUAGAAGAUUUGAAGACAACUGUUUUAAUACGUUUGUUUUGUUUUCUUACAUUUUGUUUCAUUUCAUAAUAAGUCUCACAAAUUAUGUGCAAUUAUAUGAGCUUGUUUGUUUGAAUGGAUAAGUAACUACCAGUACACCAACAUGUAUAAUAGUACCAUGAAAUGCAUCUUAGUCUUAUUUCACAAAUAUUUGGAAGUUUAUAUUUCGGAGAUCGGGGGAAUUAUAGUUGCAAUUUAGGUAAAGUUACAUGUAAAGGUUCUCAAGAUGACAACUCUGAAGCAAUUUUAGGUUUAAGGUUUAUUAAUCCUUUUACCAUCUAUUUCAGGAGUCUGAGUUUUUUAAGGAUACAAGUUUUAGAGACAUGCACCCAGGGCUCUAUGUCUAAGGUCUUUUUGCAUGGUUCGCACGGGUCUUGAAAAGUCCUUGAAAAUUGAAAAAUUGUGGGAUAUCCUUGAAGAGUCCUUGAAUUUUCCACAGAAGUCCUUGAAUAUUUUUGAAAGCUCCUUGAAUAAAAAUAACCAAGUUAAUUUUAAAAAAAUGUUUUGCUCAAAGGAAUGAUUGAAAGCAUAGCAAUACACAACAAUUUUCUUGGUGAUCAUAAAAGUGUUUUCUUUAUAUGAUUUCAGUGUUCCUGGUUCAUUUUCCGUUAUUUGAAGUACCCUAAGCACUGUGCCUUAAUGAAGGAAGGUGUUGUAAUAUUAGCGAGCCCCCCUCCACCUAUGCAUUUUAAAAGUCUUAACUUCAUGUUAUUGGGGAAAGAAGUCCUUGAAAAAACGAUUUUGGUCCUUGGAAGUCUUUGAUUUUUUCCCAAAAAAUUCUGUAUGAACCAUGUUUUGUAUUUUACAGACAUAUCCAGAGACAUUUUGGCCAACAAGCAGGAGACACUGAACAAGACCUAAAGGAUGUUGCUAAUGGUGAUAAUACCAAAGGUGGUGUACUCAAUGAAACUAAUGAUAAACGCUAACACUAAGUCCUUGCAGCAAUAAAAACACAACUUUUAAUGUUAAUGAACAGGCAACACUCAACUCCGAUCCAUCAUGCACGAGGUCAUUAAGGACUGUCGAUCAAUCACCAGUAUAUAUGCUGAGAUGAAAUUGUACAUCGUUCUGAUCUUAUCCAGGGGACCAGCAGAAGUCCGUGUCUGACACAAAACUUUUAAAAGAAUGUAGACUACAUGACUGUACAGUAUUGACGUUAGAACGUUUAUACCUUGCCAUUACAUUAUAAUUGAGUGCGAAAAAUGCUAUAAAACCCCAAAUGUCAUUGAUGUUAGGAAACAUAAAAUGAGAAUCAACACCUAACCCAAAUGCCAAGGUAUUACUGUAUAUCUUUUGAUUGUGAAAAUUUAAUCCUGUGGGUCCUUUGACUUGUGUGUCCUUGUUUUUUUUAGCCUGCAGUUCAGGCCCUGCUUGCACAUCUGCUUCACACUAGCCUUUGUUCACGUGAAAAAUGUGAACAUUAAUAAUGCCUGUCGUGCAAGUUCGGUUUCUUUUUUUCACGCUGUGAUGUACAGGAGAGAGACUAAAGAUGCCUACAUUGUAAGGCUAAACAAUCAGGUUGAUUUCCAUGUUGUCAGACUUACAAACAUGCUGAUCAUAUAAUUUUCAUAUUUUUAUUUUCUUAACAGGUAUAUUUUAUUUCUUCAAGUUCCAUGAUUAUGAUGAUAACCAGAAGCUUGAUGGCUUAGAAUGGAUGCAGGCCCUAACAGAUUUUCAUGAAGAGGAUAAGAGCAAGGACGAGUUCAAGGAAGGGGGGAAAAUGUUCCUUGAACAUGAAGCUGAGGCAAUUGUGGAUGAACUUUUGAGUAAACAUGACAAAAAUGAUGAUGGCAUGAUUGACUUCAUUGAGCUGAUGAACCAGAAUGUGAAUUCAUUUAUGACAGAGUUGGACAAACCUGCUCCAGAGGAUGCAGGAACUGAAAAUAACGAACAACAGCAGCAAAAUGAGGAGGCACAGUCAUCACUCGAGCAGGAAUUCAAUAAACUUCAACAAGCUCAACAAGGUCAAAAUCAAGGACAACAGGAAGACCAACAGCAACAGCCACACCAAGAACAACAGCAUGAUCAGGACAACCAAGAAAAGGAGCAACAAACACAGGAAGACCAACAGCAAAAGGAAAGUAAUAAACAAGAAUCACAUUCAGAAGAAGCACAAGGUGAACAGGAGGUAAACCAAGAGCAGCAAGAGAGUGAACAGAAAAAUGAGCCAAGCUCUUUAGAAGAAGAAUACAAUCGUCAACAACAAGAACAAUGAUAAUGAAUUAAAUUAAAGUUAGAAAUAAUGAAUUUUUAUUAUAGACUCUUAUUUUACUACAAAUUUUUAUCUUGUCAACAUGAUUUAGGAAGAUUCAAUGGGAAUAUGAUACAGUUAUAUUAUUUCUUAACUUGCCUAUUUCUUGAGUGUUUUAUUGCGGAAAAAUGUUCUAUUUACACAGUACCACUAUGCUUUGUCAUGAAAGAGGAGACCAGAUACUACAUUAAUAUUAUUUUUUGCAAACGUGAAAAAUAUAAUAUACACUGAAAAGUAUAUAUUUCAGGUUGGAAUAAGUGUAGAUUUCAAUUUUGGAAUAGCCAGUAGUCUUAAACUUAAAAACAUUUUAGUUCCUUAGUCUUUGAAGCAGUUUUUAAUUUCACAAUUGCAUAGUUUUUAAAGCCAAUUAAGAGUUCCGUCGUCUAUGAAAUUCCAAAGGAAAUAUUGAGUCGCGCCAUCUUGCAAAUUCUGUCAUCUGCUUUUUGUGUCCUAGGUACAGUUCACUGUAAGAAAUCUUUACUCUUUAAUUGCUGUAAGUAUAUCGGGAGUAACUUUGUACAGUAUUUUGCUUGCAAAUUUUAGCUGAAUCUUGUGCUUACAUGAAGCAGUUACAUGAUGCACCUGAUCGAUUUUUCAUGAUUUUAUAAAAUUUUCUUUUUCGCAAAUUACUAUCUUUAUCAAAUAAAAGGGGU